UCGCGAAAUAGUAAGAGACGCCAUAUAAAAAGGCGUCCGUUUUUUCCCUUUAGUCACUUCAUUCGUUGCAGCAACUCGAAAAAAAACGGCCGAAAUGUUGAAAGUAGCCAUCGCUUGUGCUCUCCUCUUCGUCGCCGUCUCGGCCACACCUUACAGGGAUUGCGGAUCGACCGCCGCACUGACCGCUGUGCGUGUCCCGGGUUGCAAUGCCUUGCCUUGCAUCGUCUACCGUGGAACUAACGUGACCGUCGAGUACGACUUCACAGCUGUUGAUCCAUCCAACACACUGACGACCGAUGUUAAAGGCGUCAUCAGCGGAGCAACUCUCCCUUGGCCCGGUCAGUUCCCUCCUGCUUGCGAAGAUGUGAAAGUUGGUGAUUGCCCAGUGGCAGUGGCCGAACCUAUUACCAUGGCAACUGUUCUGGUCUUAUCCCCUGCCUUCCCUUCGGUGAACGCAAAGGCAAUCUGGACCCUCCGUAAUGAUAACGACGGUCCUAUCGUCUGCUUCGAAGUUACUGUCACUCUUCUUUAAAUUUUGUAUCUCUACAAACAAAAUUGUGGAUUUAA